CAGCAGCAGCAGCAGCAGCAGGAAGCGAGGCAGCAACGGAAGGAAGCGGCACAAGAGCGGAUUAUCCAUGGGGUUUUCAAGCAUCGAUGGCAACUACCUCUCCCUCAUGGGCGGUUCCUCCCUGGUGAGCUCAGGCCACGUGUGGCUGCACGGGCAGAACGAGCUCGCUCUGGGCGGCAGGAGUCUGCUAGCCGCCAAAAAGCUCCUCAUCUCCAUGUUCAUUGCCGUCCGGGUUCUGGGCGGCAGCCGGAUCGCCGCCCCUCUCUCGCACGCCGCCCUGCUCCACCUCCAGUCACUCUCUGAGGGCGGCAGCAGCGAACCAACAUUCCUGCUACAGCCGGCAUUCUCGCUACAGCCGAGUGUCUCUCUGCUACAGCCACAGCAUAGCAGCAGCAGGGCAGCAAGCGGGAGCUGGGGGGACAGCCACCCAUUUUCGUCUGUUGACUCUGUGGUGGCGUCACAGUAUGGGCGGUUUGCAGUGCAGGCAGGGGACCUGCCAUACUGCCACGUGGAGGAGUGUCCAUCCAGUGUUGUGCAGCCGAAUCAUGACUGUAGCAGCGAGGAUGAGUCCCCCUUCUCCCUCCACGUCUGUCGUUUGGACAGCCUGUAUGUGCAAGGGGCGAUGGAGGGGGCGUUGGUGCGCAUUGAUGCCUCCUCCUCACUUGUCAUCGACCACGGGGCUUCCAUCUCUGCAUCGGGCCUUGGUUGCCUGCCGGGCCAUGGCAUAGGGCAUGGGAGGGACGCACCAGCAGGGGGGAGUGGCGGAGGGGGGCAUGGGGGGAAGGGCGGUGCCGGCUAUUUUAACGGGUCCCGGGCGGCAGGAGGGGCCGCAUACGGACGAACGAUGCCGCCCUGUAGUGUUGGAAGUGGUGGAGGGCUGGGGCCUGAGGGUCGGGGGAACAGCGGAGGCGGGCUGAUAGUGCUGGGUCCUGUGGCCCGCCUGGAGCUCUGGGGCGGCUCUCUGGCAGCAGAGGGCUCGAUUCUCAACACACGCACUGUGAGGGGUGGAGGUGUGGGAGUGGGGACGGGAGGAGGAGGAGUGAGGGGCGGAGAAAGGAGAGUGGGGAGCGGAGGAGCAGGAUUGGAGGGCAAGGAAGCGGGAGUGACAGGCGGAAACGAGGAAGUGGGGAGCGGAGGGUUGGGAGGAGGGGCAGGGGGGACAGUAGUGAUUCAUGCAGCGUACCUGAACAUGACUCGAGGCUCUGUGAUAUCAGCGGCAGGGGGGCAGGGGCAUUCCGUGGGAGGGGGCGGAGGGGGCGGGGGGAAGGUGUACUUUGCAUGGCAGAACCUGGAACGGACGAGUGGGGAUGAGUACACACCACGUGCUACUAUUGACGGGAACUGGACUGACGCCAUCAAAACAAGUGGAGGGCAGGGCAGCUACGAGGGGGAGGAUUGGGAGGCGGGAGUGACAGGGUCGGCAGACUGCCCACCAGGGCUGGUGGGGCUGCUGUGUGUUGAGUGCUGCCCCCACUGUCGCUCCCCCUCUGAUCAGUGCUGCCCCUUCUCUUUCCUCCCGUGCUGUUAUGUUGUUGAAACCAGUGGAGGGCAGGGCAGCUAUGAAGGGGAGGACGGGGAGGUGGGAGUGACAGGGUCGGCGGAUUGCCCACCAGGCCUGGUGGGGCUGCUGUGUGAGGAGUGCCCCGUGGGGACCUUCAAGAGCCAGUCCGGUUCUGACCCCUCUCUCUGCCUGCGCUGCCCGCUGGAGCUGCUGCCACACCACGCUGAAUUCACCUAUAAGCGAGGCGGUGCCAGUGCUGCUCCCUGCCCCUACCGCUGUCUCUCCUCGCACUCCUCCCUGCCCCACUGCGACACUCCCAUGGAGGGACUAAUCCGCGACCUGGGCGGGCCCUGGGUGUUCGCCCUGGCCUGCACGCUCUCCGUGCUGCUGCUUGGGUUCGCCAUCACUCUCGCCCGCGCCAGGCUGCUGCUGGCAGGGGACGACCUGGCGCAGCCGCAGACGAGGGACUCUGAUGUGUCCUCGCACAUGGACCACUCCCUUCCUUUUCUAGAGUCUCUGAACGAGGUGAUGGAGAACACAAGGGUGGAGGAAGCAGCCUCACACGUCCACCGGGUCUUCUUCUGUGGAGACAACUCCUUCUCACACCCGCUGCACCUCCCACACUCCCCGCCCCGCGCCAUCUCCGAUCUCGUAUACGAAGACUCAUACAACCGUCUGGUUGACGAGGUUAACGCGAUUGCGUGCUUCCGGUGGUGGGAGGGGUGUGUGCACUCGCUGCUGGCGCUGCUCGCGCUGCCCUUUGCGUGGUCGUGGCAGCAGUGGCGGCGCCGCCUCGUGGUGCAGCGGCUGAGGGAGUUUGUUCACACGCGAUAUGACCACUCCUGCCUGCGCUCCUGCCGCUCCCGCGCCCUCUAUGAGGGACUCAAGGUGUCAGCUACCCCGGACCUGGUCCUCGGCUACAUGGACGUGUUUCUGGGCGGCGACGAGAUGGCCACGCACAUGCCGCCGAGCUUCGCCGACCGCCUGCCGCUGCUGCUGGUGCUGGGCGGCAACGGGUCGUACAUGGCGCCGUACCAUCUCUUUACAGACGACCUCCUCACCAACAUCAUCUCCCAGGCCAUCCCCCCCACGGUGUGGUACCGUCUGGUAGCCGGGCUGAACGUGCAUCUGCGCACCGUCACUCACGGCGCCCUGCAGCGAUCGCUCAAGCCCCUGCUGCGCUGGCUGUGCACGCACGUCAACCCGUCGCUGGAAGCCCAUGGCGUGUCCGCACAUCUGGCAUGGCUGCAGGUACGUGCUACUUGCUCCGCUCCUCAUCGCUGUCUCGUCCUCUUCUCACAUAGACUGCAGUCGCUCAAGCCUCAAGCCCGUGCUGCACUGGCUCUGCACGCACGUCAACCCCACACUGGAAGCCCAUGGCGUAUCCGCACACCUGGCCUGGCUGCAGGUGCGCCCCUGGUGGCUGCAGCCAGCAUAAUCCAGCUCGCUCUGUGUCUCGACCACCCCGAGAGCACCGAUCACUGCAAUGAUUACCUCCCCGCUGCUGCUGCUGCCGACCCUGCCAGCCCCUUUUCCGCUCCGAACCUCACCUCCUUCGCUUCGGCAGCCGCGCCGAACCUGGCCGGCUUCGGCAGCAGCUUUGGCAGCAGCUUUGGGAGCAGUCGGUUGGGUGGGUUCGGUGGGUUAGACACAGGAUUGGGCAGGGCGGGAGAGAGGCUGAGACCUGGAGGCUCUGUUUCUGCAUUGUCAUCUCCUCGCACUGCCACUCGUCCCCAUUCCGCUCUUCCUCCUCCUGCUGCUCUUCCCUCCUCUGCCUUUGCUCCUGUCUCGUUGCUUUCCUCGCACGCUCGGGCCUUGUCGGAGGUCCCUGCCUUCUCCCGCACUGUCUCCUCGCUCUCGCAUCAACUCACCCCACACCAACACAACUCGCAGCGGCAGCAGCAGCAGCAGCAGCAGCAGCAGCAGCGGCAGCGGUGGGAUCAAAGCAUCUCCCCGUCCUCGCUUCUCUCAAACCCCUACCUUAAUCCCUCCUCCACUUCCUCUCUCUACACCCCAUACUCGUUAACAGCCACCCCCACCUCCUCCACCACACACCCCUACUCCACCACCUCCCCCUCCCCCCUCCCCAUGACCCUACCCUCCCAACUCGACGCUCUCCUUCUCUUACGAGACGCCUCCACCCAACCAGCUGUCGCCACAUCAGCAGCCGCGUCCACUCGUUACCUGCCAGCUGGCGGCUUCAGCGGCUACAGUGGCGGUGGUUACUCAGGCAGGGCUGGGAGCGGUGGUGUCACUCCUGGUGGCCCACUGGGUGGGGAGGGCGCUGGUAGACUUUACUCCCAGAGUUCCUUGCAAGAGCAGCAGCAAAGGAAGCAAGAAGCUCUGAGUGUUGGGUUGCCGGCUCGGGGACUAUCAGUCAAACUCCCCUCCCAGCAGCAGCAGCAGCAGCAGCAGCAGUCAGGAGGGGAGCGAAGCCCCUCCCUUGCAUCCCUCCCCCCUCUCUCCCCUCAUAUGUUCGAACACCGACCCUCCCUCUCGCACCUCCCCUCUGCCGAACCUACCCCCGGACCUGCUGGCUCGGCUCACUUCACUCCCAGGUUCGACACAGGCUCGGGCAGUGGUCUGGCACGAAGCAUCCACGGCUCGAUCCCUGAGAAUCUCUCUUUGCUAGGUGACAAGGAUGCAAGACGAGGCGGCGAGAGGAGGGAAGUGGAGCGGCAAGUUUCGUCUGUUUCUGCGGGGCUGCUGUGGCAGGCGGCAGGGGGGCGGGUGGGGAAGAGGCAGCAGGGGGGGUUGAUAGAUGCACAGGUGCUGCAACGGCUGGAUGGGGGCAGAGGGCUGUGCUUGCCUGCCUGUGGCCUGCUGCUGCGAAAUACUCUGCCUGUGGGCCACGAUGCAGCAGUGGGGCUGGCAAUGUCAAUGCUCCUCCUGGCGGACCUCUGUCUCUUCCUCCUCUGCCUACUGCAAUCCUACAGCACCUCCCUCCUCGCCUUUGCCCUCAUGCUCUUCAUCCUGCCGCUCGCACCGCUCUUCUCAGCAGCAGCGGGGCUCAACGCCCUCUUUGCCCACGGGGCGAGGGGCGGGGCGGGGCUGGGGAGGGUCUAUGGGCUUUGGAACGUCACCUCCCUUGCCAACGGGGUGAGUGGGGGUUAG